GCAAGCGCUUCCUUAGCGGUAGUGCUGGCAGGGCUUGUGUUAAAUUAGCACGGAUGUUAAAAUGACACGUGGUCGAUUCUUUAAGAAAUUGCCUUAACUUCUUUUAAAGUCCCGGUUUACGGUUUUGUCGUUUAUGUAUUAUUUUAAUCCAUGUUAAAAUAUAUCUACAGUUCAAGAUCCGAAGUUAUGACCUUUAAACGACACCUUAAAUAUAAAUUUAUCCAUGGCUCAUGAUUAUGUUUCAAAAGUACCUAUUUAACCUGAUAACAGUCCAUUUUUAACAUAGAGAAUCAGAUUCCGAAAACCCCGAGUCGCCUUCUCCCCCCCCCAGCUGAGCGUUCCGUGUCAUUUCUCAUAACGCCUCUGCUAAAAUAAUUUGGUGAAGCAAGUCUUAAUAACUGAGCUGGUGCCGUCUGUCAGUCCACACCGUCGGCCGGAGUAAUAUCACGCCCCUCCCCUUUGGGUCCGGAAUAUUCUGUAAUUUACAGAAGAUACAAUGGUGCAAUAAUCCGAAACGAUCCGCCAAGGAAAGACCAGGUGGGGAAACCGCCAGACAAACUAGGCAGCACUUUGCUUUCCUGGCGGCUUCAGUCAUAUUUGUUUUACACUACCGAUACCCACGCAAUACUUUGCGGCUGAAGCGCAAGAUGCCGGAAUCGCCCAGAAAAUAGGACUUUAACAGUUUACAGCAUUUUGGGGGACGUCGGACGCGAAACGCCGAGAGCAAAAAGGUGAGCCAUGACGGAGUACAAGCUGGUGGUUGUGGGGGCUGGUGGCGUGGGGAAGAGCGCCCUCACCAUCCAGCUCAUCCAGAACCACUUUGUGGACGAGUACGACCCCACCAUCGAGGACUCCUACAGGAAGCAGGUGGUGAUUGACGGGGAGACAUGCCUAUUGGACAUCCUGGACACGGCAGGUCAGGAGGAGUAUAGCGCCAUGCGAGACCAGUACAUGAGGACCGGGGAGGGUUUCCUCUGCGUUUUCGCCAUCAACAACAGCAAGUCCUUCGAGGACAUUCACAACUACAGAGAGCAAAUCAAGAGGGUGAAGGAUUCUGAGGACGUCCCCAUGGUGUUGGUGGGCAACAAGUGUGACCUUCCAUCGCGGACGGUGGACACCAAGCAGGCCCAAGACCUGGCCAGAAACUACGGCAUCCCCUUCAUAGAGACGUCGGCCAAAACCAGACAGGGCGUGGACGACGCCUUCUACACACUAGUGAGAGAGAUCCGGAAGCACAAGGAGAAGAUGAGCAAGGAGGGGAAGAAGAAGAAGAAGAAGAGAUCAAAGGCCAAGUGCACGCUCCUGUGAAUGAGGAGGCGGCGGGUGCCGAGGGAGAGCGCCUCGUCCUGCGGGGCGGCCUGCUGGGCGGCCUGCCUGCCUGCUGGGCGGCCUGCCUGACUGACUGACAGCUGUGUGUCUCUCUGCUUUGUACUAAACUAUAAGCCACUAUGGAAAUUAACCCCACCCCUACCACUCACUGCAUCCCCCUCACUGGUGUCACUCCAUGCAGGGGACUGACCCCCUCUCCCCCCCCCCCCCCCCCCCCCCCCCAGCGUGGGUGGUUUUGGUAGGGGGUGUGAGCUAACUCCCCAGCCUCAAAUGCAAUGUGACAUGUAAGUUUAUCCAUAGCAGGCUGGGUGUGGUGUCAGCAUCACACUGCAAGACUGGUAAAAGGGAAGAAAAAAACAGGUUAAUGAUACUUAAAGGGUUUUUUAAAGUCGAAUGAUUAAGUUCACGGUUUUUUUUUUAAUAGUUUAAUGAUGGCAGCAUCUGUGCUAUUUAAAGCAAGGUGCCAAGGAGGACAUGAGGUCAAAGUGCUGGCCAUGUUAACAAGAGCUCCCUCUAGUGCUUGGCAUCCUUUAUGCAGGCUAGUAGGGAGUGUGUGAAUGCUCCAGUUUUAAUGGGAUACAAUAAAGUAGUUUUCUCUCCUCUACUUAAUGGUCUAGUUAAGGGUUUAGUUUUUUUAGGCUGUCCUAAUGUACUAUUCUUAGUGUAGGAUGGGGAUGCAAGAUGAGCCCCAUCCAUUCUGCGUGAUGUGACUCCUGUUUCAGACCUGAUCCGUUUGGGCCAAGGAACCAGCGUUAGCUGCUUUUAAGGAGAUAUGAAUAGCAGCUGAUGGGGUCUCGGCUGAGAGGUUUUGUCGGUGACGGGCCCGUCUGUGAAAUUGAAUUACCUGCAGAAAAUGGUUUGGCCACACGGGGGCAGAAGUGAUCUCGGUCAUGUCCCCUAAUUUUCUCAUUGUGUCUCUGUUGUAUCUCUGUCACCCCUCAGAUCCCCCAAGCCCACUUCUAACAGCUAUUAAAUUAUUUCUAGGUUGACCCCAUCCCACCAAACCUGUUUCGUUUUGUCCUUGGGGGCAAAGACGUCCCUGUUAAUCCAUGACGUCCAUGUAUCCUGGGCCAGUUUGUGUUCUUGUUGAGGAGCCACUUCUGAAUGCGGCAUCAGUUCUGCCUCAAACGAUGUUCUGUUGCUGUCAAUAAACAUGCCAAUAAUCUUUAGUAGUUUUUAAUUAACUGUAGCCGCCUCCAACAGCUUUUGAUUGUUUUGUAAAGCUUUCAAAAAGUUUGUAACAUGACAGGAACUGCUGUCCUCUUGUGCCAGGUUUGAAAUCAAAUCUCGAAUCGGAUUGGGACAUCUCGGUUACGUCUCCUGUUUCUAAUAUCAUUCCAUCUUAAUGUGUCUUUGUUUUUGCAUUAAUGUGUAUGAAUUAUAUAUGCAAUUCAUCAAUCUCAUGUUUUAAACACUGUUCAGAAAAUAUUUAAGAUUUUUUUUUGGUGCCAAGUACUAAUAAGAUUUCAUAAAUACAACAACGAAUUGGAAUAUGACAGAAAACAAGUGUAUGGGUCUGAUUGGAAAGAUGCAUUUCCUUUGCUUUUCAUUUAAAUGAGCGCUUCUGUAUCCCUUUUGUCAUUUUCCCUGUAUGAGUCUGCAGAUUAAGUGUGUUUGGAUCGUGUGCAGAAAAUGACCACUGUUUUAGUCUUGCAAGAGGCCAUGCUGUGUGAUGGGAUCAGAUUAGUCACUAUAUUUUUGUCAAAUUCCAUCAGUACUAUUUAAUGUAUAAUAAAAAGAAAAUCUGUUAACCUU